GACAGACCAGCAGAACACCAGUGCUGCACAGCAAUUGCGUCGAAGGUGCAACUGUCAGAAGUUGAGAACCCAAUCGACAGGCUGUUGGAAGAUGCUUUGCUGACAGUUGUUGAGACAUGGCAUGCCCUUAGGGAUGCUUGUCUCCCUAACAAGAUAAACAACACCAGCUUGUCAUGGAUACAGAUGCUUAUGCUGCUGCAAAGAAUCGGUCCAUUAUUGGCAACAAACGGAGUGUGUUGCGUAAUAUUCUUUCUGCCUAAUGGGUUUUGCCAGCAGAACAGAUUUUGUUUCUUGACUAUAAAUAGAGUGCUACAAUGGUUGAGCACCAACAGAGUACAGUUCUUCUCUUAUCUUACAUUUCAGAUAGAAGAACAUCUUCAGUUUAUCCAUUAGAAACAUGGCCUGCCAUCAAAGAUCUGCAAGUUUGCCUUCUAUUCCCCACUCCAGUGUAUCCAAAGUGGAGAUAGAGCUGCAGGAUCUGAAAUCAUGCAUCUCUUCACCCUCCCCAACCAUGGACACAGUGUGUGGUGGUUUCACGAGGCUUGGAGACAUCUACAACUGCAUUGAAGAGCUCAUGAGCUUGCCCAGCAACCAAGUUGGCUUCUCCUUUCCCCAAAACAAGAAGAUGGUGGAAGAGGAACUGGAAAGAUCCCUCGUGCUGAUUGAUCUCUGCAACACCAUGCAAGAGAACUUAGCAAAUCUGAAGCUUAGUACCCAGGAGCUACAACUGGUUGUCAAGAGAGGAGAUGAUACGGUUGUUCAACUCAAGGUUGGGUCGUUCGUUCGCCUCGCGAAACAGGCUCAGAAGCCUUUCAAGAAGAUCACAAGCAGCAAAGCUACUGCUGCGGAUUGCAGGCUGGUCAGGCUACUGGCAGAAGCCAGAGAGAUGUCUGUCUCUCUACUUGAAUCCACAUCGCAUCUGUUGCCGAAGCAGUUCACGACCACCAAAGGAAGCAAAUGGUCUCUUGUCCAGAAAAGAAAGGUCGUUUGUGAGGAGGAGCAGUUGCAAGCGCUGGAGCAAAGCAUGGGAGGUCUUGAGAACGGUGCUGAGUUUCUGUUCAGGAGAUUGAUCCAAAGCAGGGUUUUGCUUCUGAACAUUCUUAGCUCGUAGAUAUUUCUCAGGCCAUGUUUCUUCAGUACCUUGUGAUUGGCAUCCGCUUUUUAAAGGAUUCACCAGUCAUAUAAGCCUUUCUAGUUUGCUUAGAGUACCAAAUGUACAUACAGAUGAUCAGUUGAUAAAAACAGUUUUUACCACGUUCA